UGACAAAAACAAGAACUGAAACUGCUGAGAGUCAGUCGUGGGGACAGAGUCAGUCGCUGUCUAUCUCUGUCUGCGUGCGUUUGUUUCCAAAGUAUCCGUGGCUGCGCUACGUUCGUUCGAAAACGCAAAUAAGAAAUCAUAAAUCACAGAGAAAAACAAACAAAGAGAGUGGUAGCAGCAAAAAAAAGUGUGCAAAAAUUUCAGCUACAAUCAAAAUCACACUUAAGCAGACAUAAAGAAGGAACGAUAGAGGGAGAGAAACUUGUUGACCGUCCGUAAACUCUAUAAAAAAUUUAAUAUUGUAAGUUUUAGGCGCAAUUAGAGCAACCGCAACAACAACAAAAACAACAUCAACAAAAAAAACCACACAAAAAUGGCAACAACACCACGCAGCGGGGGGUCCGGCUCUGGAGCCGCACAACGCCCCAAUGGCACAUCGCAGAAUAAAAGUUGCCAAUUCAAACUGGUGCUACUUGGCGAAUCGGCUGUGGGUAAAUCAUCGCUGGUGUUGCGCUUUGUCAAGGGCCAGUUCCACGAGUACCAGGAGAGCACGAUAGGUGCUGCCUUUCUGACACAAACCAUUUGCAUAGAGGAUACGGUGGUCAAGUUUGAGAUCUGGGAUACAGCCGGUCAAGAGCGGUAUCACAGCUUAGCUCCUAUGUAUUAUAGAGGUGCGCAGGCCGCCAUCGUUGUCUAUGACAUACAGAAUCAGGACAGUUUUCAGCGUGCAAAAACUUGGGUCAAGGAACUACAUAAACAAGCCUCACCUAACAUUGUCAUCGCAUUAGCUGGCAAUAAGGCGGACUUGUCGAACAUUCGCGUCGUGGAGUUUGACGAGGCGAAGCAAUAUGCAGAGGAGAAUGGUUUGUUGUUUAUGGAAACGUCAGCGAAGACGGGCAUGAAUGUCAAUGAUAUCUUCUUGGCAAUUGCCAAGAAACUACCCAAGAACGACAACAAUCAGGGAUCUGUUAUAAAACCAAAUGGGAACGAACCGACUCAAACGACGAACAACUGCUGCAAGUGAUGUCCCUUUGUAGGUGUGUGUGCGCCCCCUAUAAAAAUUGAUUGGAUAAUAGAGAAUUUUAUAUUUAAACCGGUUGCUUUUGUCAUUGCAGAAAAUGAAAUUUCCAACGAGAGAUUUGAAAAGUUUAUGCUGAUAAUUAUAAAUAAAACAUUAUUUAAAAUUUAAAACUAAAGCCGGCUCGCAGGGGCAAGCAAUUUAAUUUUCAUGAUGAUUGAUGGAAAACCAGAAGAUAAAGAUAAUAUUAAUUAUAAAUUAAAUUACAUGAUAAACAAAAGAAACAAAACGUAAAUGCAAAAGUUAGUUUAAAUCGAGAAAAACAAAAAUCAUAGCCCCGUUAAAAUCAAGCGUAAAAAAUUAUCUAUACAAAUCAGAACGCUACUAACGUAUUUCUAACUCUGGCCCACAUAGUUCAUAACCGCCAUUUAGAGAGCUCCCUUCUCCAAUUUCAUCUCAAUCAGAUGCAACACCUCUAAAUAUCGCAUUAAAAAAUAGCAAUUAAACAAUAAUAAACACAAUAUGAAAUCGAAAGUUCACGACGUGUCGUAGAAAUGUUUAAAAUUGAAUUGUAUAAAAAAAAAAACGCAAAAGAAAGAAUGAAAAACACGCAAAGAUUGUUUGUAAAUGGGAGCUAAGAAAACAGAGAAAUUCCAGUUGCAGUUGUUCUCAGCAGCGUUCCGAAAGAAGAUAAAAAAUAUAAAAAAAGAAAAAAAAAAAACCGAAGAUCAGUUUAGUUCAGUUCAGAUCAGAUCCGCAGCUGAAGAUUCGCUCGUCCUCGAUCUGUGGCAAUGUGUGUGUCUAUCCGGCCGUCAAGUUGCGAUGGACACGUGUGAUAGUUGCAAUUUAUAUAAAUUAUAUAUAUAUACACAUAUGAAAAUAAUGAAAAGAAAAUGCAGAAAAAA